AUGUCAAAGACCACUCUCGCGAUCAUAGCUGCCGUCAGCGCUGCAACAGGAGCAGGCGUAACAGCAGCCAUGUACUCAACGCGCUCAGAGAAGAAGCUCCAAGCCGUGGCAUCCUCAACCUCCCUUUCCACCACCUCGAAUACAAACUCUGCACCUGUGCCUACACCAGGCAGUAUUCCUAUCUCGCGGUCCUCUGCGAUUCCCCCCGUCGAUCCCGCAGGCCUCUUCCAAUACGGCUUCCCUGGCCCAGUCGCCGACCUCGCAACCCGUAACGCCCUGGUCUCCUCCUUCGACCGACGCCUUCGUAAUCCCUCCUGGGUCGCCGAGCACAUAACCCCCGCCUCCCUCGCGGUCUCCGAGGGCGACCGCAAGCAAUCCGUCUUCCUCGAAGACCCCUCCGUGCCAGAGAAGUUCCGCGGCAAGCUCAAAGACUACUUCCGCUCCGGGUACGACCGGGGCCACCAGGUGCCCGCCGCCGAUGCAAAAUGGAGCCAGGAUGCGAUGAACGACACGUUCUACCUGAGUAACAUGUGUCCGCAGGUGGGCGAGGGCUUCAACCGGGACUACUGGGCGCACUUUGAGGAUUUCUGCCGGCGGCUCACGACGCGCUACCCGUCCGUCAGGAUCGUGACGGGGCCGCUGUACCUCCCGAAGAGGGAUCCGGCGGAUGGGAAGUGGCGCGUCUCGUACGAGGUCAUCGGCAACCCGCCCAACAUCGCCGUGCCGACGCACUUCUACAAGGUCAUCUUCGCGGAGGACGGAACCACGACGGGGCCGGUGGCUGUGGGCGCUUUCGUGCUGCCGAAUGCGAAGAUCCCGAACGAGAAGCCGAUUACGGACUUCGAGGUGCCGGUCGAGGCCGUCGAGAGGGCGAGCGGGCUGGAGUUUGCGAGCCUGCUGCCUGUGGCGAGAAGGAAGAGGCUGUGUGCUGAUACGGUGUGCGCGUUAGUUAUCAAGGAGUACGCGGAUCGGCAAAAAGCAUUUGGGAAGGGGCAGCAGCAGCAGCAGGGGGAGAGGAGGACCAGUCCUAGGAAUUUAUCAGCGCCUGUGACUUCGAAUCUGUGA